UUUAUCCUCCAACUUAUCCGAUCCGAGUGUAAAUCUAAACGCACCCUGAACAGCUCCAAACACACUAAUGGGCAUUUGGGACGAUCUUCGGUUAACCGCCGGUAAGCUACUUAACCGGAAUGUUUCCGUUAUACAACCCGGUUCAAAUGCGUUUCCGAUUCCAAAUGAUUCCGAUAUCGCCACCUCUGUCCCCCAAAUCAGUGACGCUGCUAGAUAUAAUGGAGCUCAGAAGCUGAAAGAGCACGCCGCCGGUCCUCAUCGUCUGGAUAAGAUCGGACGGAUUCUGACGAAUAUCAGUAAACUCGCCGUUGAUUCCGCCGUCAGCGAGUCUCUCAAAGGCGUCACUGGAGGGAUUCAAGUAAAUAAAAUUGUGAAGGAAGGCUUAAAUGAUCAACUAUCUUCAGACAAUGCAAAUGAGAAUAAGAAACCAGAUCUUACAAUAGUGGUGGAGGAGAUGCAAGCCAAGAUGGAGAAAAUGCAGGAAGACAUGAAUAGCACAAAGCAACAAAAUGAUAUAUCAAUCCAGUGCGCCCAGGGAUCGGAGCCUUUGAAAGAGUUCUCAACUCCUCCCGUCAAGGGCUCAGUUCCUUUAAAAACUGAUGCGAAAAAGAUCAUGAUUCGUUCCAGGCUAUGAAACUGGAAUUAAUCCAGUGACCUUUGUGGUAAAGAAAUUACACACACAUAUAUAUCUAACAUAAAUUGGAGUUUAGAGUGUGAGUUUGCUUUUGAGAAGAUUGUUGCAAGUUUAUCUGUGUUUUAAUCAUAUGGUGUGAGGAUACCCUUUCUCUCAUGUUGUGCUUGAAUACGUUCAGUUGUGUGAAAAUCUUAUAGCCUUUUAUAUUAUUCUUCUCAAUUUACCACUUA